AUAAUAUGGCGAUCGCGUAGUGGCAUAAUCUGCAUCCCUGAAAUGGCAACACAAAAGCCAGGAGAAUGGGUGAAUUCGUUAAUUGCAAGAUUUGAUGCUCAGCUACCAAUAAAGACUGGUUUACAUACAACACAGUCCAUGCAAAAUGUCAAGCAAAACAAGGAAUGUCUUGUCAAUGUUAGCAAGUACAAAUUUUCACUAGUCAUCAAUGGCCUAACAAAAACACUGCAGAGUGUUUUGCAAUUUAAGGUGAAUCGGCCUGAAGCAGAAAGAAACUACUUGGAGUCUCAGCUUAUUAUUUUGGACACACUGAAACAAGUUCUCAACUCUCAGCCUAAAGAUACAUCCCGUCUAGAUGAAACCAUGUAUGUCAAAUUACUGCUACCAGAAAUAUGUAAGUUUCUUAACCAGCAAACAGAAAACCAGCAGUUAAAGAUGUUAGCCUCUGAAGUUUUGUUUGCUCUCAGCCUAAACAACUUUACAGCUGUCUUUAAUAAAAUCUCAGCUAAGUUGGUUGCACUGUCUCAGGUAGAGGAAACCUCUGACUUGUCAGACCUUGAACUUAUACAGCACAUGAACAUGGAUUUAUCUAGACUUACAAAGUUGCUAAAUGAAGUUGUGUCCAAGUUCAAGAUGCUUAAAUCUCGACCUGUCAUUAUAACGCUCGGUCAGAAUCUCGAGAAGGCUAUCUGGAAUUGGAUGGACAACUAUCCUGGGGAAUUUACUGAAUUACAUAAAAAACCAAAUGAUGAACUACAAGAUUGUUGUGACAAGCUGUUUGACCACUUGAAUGUGCUAACAGAGGGAUCAAGACGCCGUGUGCAGAUAUGGCCCUUGCAAAUGAUGCUUCUUAUACUUUGUCCAAAAAUAUUAGAAGAGAUCAAUAAUGCAGAGACUGGCGCACCAUGUUCACAACAGUAUUUAAAAAAGAAAUCCUUUAUUGAUGAGGUAAAGAAAGCCAUCUCCAACCAUCACAGCAGUAAUAAGCAGCUGACAGAGGGGGCAGCAGUGACAUGUGUCAGGCUGUGUAAAGCAUCAUCCUACAUCCCCAUCAAUGACAGGCUCAAUGUGGUCUUUACACUUGUACAGUCUGUCAUCACUGACUUGAAGACCCUACUGUUUAACCCUUUAGCCAACAGUAAACCCUUCUCCAAAAGCCCAGGACUUGGUUCUCAAGAUUAUGAUUUGUACAUAGACUGUUUUGUCAGUUGUUUCCGCAUCACGCCUCACAACAAUGAUGUGCUCAAGGUCUGCUUGAACCCUUCUUCACCUCCCAUGUACCAUUAUGUUCUAGUUAAUGCUCUUCAUAGAAUCAUCACACAGCCUCGUCUUGGCUGGUGGCCCCAUAUUAGCUUGAUCUACAGUAAGGCAGGGGAGCUGAGGAACAUGUUUAGUGACACUGUUACCAAGGUGACCCAAGGCUUCAGCAGCCACAGCUGUCCUAAGCAGACGGUCAAGCUGACAGCCACAUUCAAGCUGAACAAAACAACAGAUGAGGCUCUCUCUUCCUACAAAUACAUUCUCUUGUGGCUAGUCAAGCUCAUCCAUGCUGACCCACACCUAAUGCUUCAUAACCAAGGCAAACAGGGCCAUGAAAUACAGCACAGCACAUUGGAUUUGAUCACCAGCCUUGUCUCACUGGUACACCAGCAAUGGAUGCCGGAUGUAGCACAGAAAGCCAUGGAGGCUCUCCUGUGCCUGCACCAGCCAGAGAAUAUUGAACUGUGGAACCCUGAGGCUCCCAUCAACACUUUCUGGGACAUAAGCUCGCAAGUUUUAUUCUACAUCUCCCAGCGCUUGAUUCAGCAUCAGAUUGUCAACUAUACUGAAAUUCUAAAGUGGCUAAGAGAAAUUCUGGUUUACAGAAACAGGUUUUUACAGAAGCAUAGUGCCAAUGCUAACAUGGGAAGUAACAUUCCUGUUUGCAGACAAGCCCAUAUUAAACUAGAGGUUGUAUUUUUCAUGUACUUAUGGAGUAUUGAGAUUGAUGCAGUCCUCACCUCUAUGUCUUGUUUUCGCCUUCUCUGUGAGGAGGCUGACAUUCGCUGCGGGGCAGACGAACUGGCAGUGACUCAGUUAUUGCCUAACUACUCAGUGUAUGCAGAGCUGGCUGCCGCUAGCACUGUACUGACAACAGGGAGAGCAGCACUGCAGAAAAGAAUAAUGGCUCUGCUUAGGAAGAUUGACCAGUCAACACAAGGAAAUUGGCAGGCCUGGGAAGAUACAUUCAGAAAUUGGGAUGCUGUGACAAGAUACCUCGAAUCUUACCCCAAAUUAAAGCUUGAAGAAGGCAGAGAACUUACUGAUGUCAUGAGAAUAACAAAGCGCAAAACACCUCAUUCUAAUACUGAACAUGAGCUGGAGGACCAGUUGAAUGAGUGGGCCAACAUGACAGGAUUUCUCUGUGCACUAGGUGGUGUUCGUCUUUCUAAUAAGUCACAGAGGGUUGGGAGCACCAUGUCCUUAUCAGGACUUGCUAUUGAGGGCAAUAGGAAAAGCAGUCUGAUGACUAGCUGUGCUAAUGACGUCCAGUACUGCCCUGUUACCCAGUUUUUAGGCAAUCUUCUGAAGCUUUUGGUGUUCCAGAAUGAAAGGUUUGGUGCCCAGAUCCAGAAACAUGUGAAGGAGUUGGUUGGGCAUGAGCUGAAUCCAGCUUUGUAUCCUAUAUUGUUUGACCAGAUUAAGAUCUGUGUGGACAAGUACUUUGACCCUGCUGGACAGGUAAUGGACUCGCCACAAAACACACUGUUGAUAGAAAAUGUGAUAUUCAUAAUGAAGAACAUCCUGGAGAUGAAACAAGAUCAGCCCUGUGAAUUUUUAGGUGUCACCAGCAUAGAGCAACUGAUGCUGUCAAUUGUCAAAUAUGUCAGGUACCUGGACUCAUCCGUUCAUGCCAUACAAAUUAAAACUAAGCUGUGCCAGCUGGUGGAGGCUAUGAUGCAGCACAGAGAUGAAUUAACAUUCCGUCAAGAGAUGAAGUUUCGCAACAAACUGGUAGAAUAUUUAACAGAUUGGAUUAUGGGUAAUUCACAUCAAGUGAAUGUUCAGGGUGACAUCUGUAGCAUGUCAAGGGAUCUGGACCAAGCCAGCAUGGAAGCUGUGGCUGCUCUGUUGGCUGGACUACCCCUACAGCCAGAGGAAAGUGACAGGGGGGAUCUCAUGGAGGCCAAGUCACAGCUCUUUCUCAAAUACCUGACUUUGUUUAUGAAUCUGCUCAAUGACUGCUCAGAUGAAGAGCAGGACAAAGCCCUUGACCCCAACAGAAAGCGUAGCAUGAGCAAUUUGAGUGCCCUCAGGAACUGCACUGUACAAGCCAUGUCCAAUCUACUCAAUGCCAACAUUGAUAGUGGCUUAAUGCAUUCCAUAGCUCUUGGCUAUCACAAGGACCCUCAGACUAGGGCAGCUUUCAUGGAAGUAUUGACCAAAAUUCUGCAACAGGGCACAGAAUUUGAGACCUUAGCUGAAACUGCAUUAGCUGACCGCUUUGAACGCCUGGUGGAGCUUGUUACAAUGAUUGGUGACAAAGGAGAGUUGCCCAUUGCAAUGGCUCUGGCUACUGUUGUCUCAAACUCACAGAUGGAUGAACUGGCUCGGGUAUUUGUCAACCUGUUUGAUGCCAAGAGGUUACUUUACCAACUUUUAUGGAACAUGUUCUCAAAGGAAGUGGAAAUAGCAGACUGCAUGCAGACAUUAUUUAGAGGCAACUCACUGGCCAGUAAAAUAAUGGCAUACUGCUUUAGGUUCUAUGGCCAGUGGUAUCUAAGGGAGUUACUCAAUCCUUUGUUACUGAGUAUGUUUGAAGUUGAAAAAAGUGAACAUCCCAUUUCAUAUGAAGUUGAUCCUGCUAGGUUGGAGCAAGGUGAAAACAUUGAAGAGAAUAAACAAAACUUAUUGAACAUCACACAGAAGGUGUUCAAUGCUAUUGUUGGCUCAGCUCCACAGUUUCCAGCCAAGCUGCGCAGUAUGUGUCACUGCCUGUAUCAGGUUGUAACACAGCGCUUUCAGCAAAGUAGUUCAGAGGCAGUGUGGACUGUCAUUGGAACAGUGAUAUUCUUGCGCUUCAUCAACCCAGCUAUAGUUUCACCAUAUGAAUCAGGUAUAGUUGAAGAAGAACCAACUCCUCGCAUCAAACGUGGUCUGACACUGAUGUGUAAGAUCAUGCAGAACAUAGCCAAUCAUCUUUUGUUCAGCAAAGAGCAGCAUAUGGUUCCUUUCAAUGAAUUUUUAAAAAAUAACUUUGAGCUUGGUCGAAGGUUUUUUACAGAGAUAGCCUCAGAUUGUGAGAUCUUUGACCCAGGCAACCACAGUUUGUCCUUCAUUAAUGAUGCUAAUGUCAUUGCCUUACAUAGGCUCUUAUGGAACAACCAGGAAAAGAUUGGAGACUACCUCUCUAGUAGCAGGGACCACAAAGCUGUAGGGAGACGACCCUUUGACAAGAUGGCUACCUUGUUAGCUUAUCUUGGCCCUCCAGAACACAGGCCAUUGGAUUCGCAGUGGAGCUCAAUGGAUAUGACCAGCACCAAGUUUGAGGAGAUCAUGUCCAAGCAGAACAUGCAUGAGAAAGAUGAGUUUAAGUCUCUGAAAAAUCUCCACAUUUUCUACCAGGCUGGAACCUCCAAAAUGGGCAACCCUGUCUUUUACUAUGUGGCCAGGAGAUACAAGGUUGGUGAAAUCAAUGGAGACCUUCUGAUUUAUCAUGUUCUACUGACACUCAAGCCAUUCUACAAUAAACCAUUUGAGCUGGUCAUAGAUUUUACUCACACGUGUUCAGAAAACAGGUUUAGGACGGACUUCCUAAACAAGUGGUUUGUUGUGAUGCCUGAAAAUGUCUACCAAAACAUUACAGCUGCCUACAUCUACAACUGCAACUCUUGGGUUAGAGAGUACACCAAGUACCAUGACAGAAUUCUCUCUUCUCUUAAGAAUAAUCGCAAGUUGAUAUUUAUUGAUCACCCUGCCAAACUGAGUGAGUAUAUUGACCAAGAGUUCCAAAAACUGCCUGGCACUACCAUGUCAUUAGAAGAGGACCUCAAGGUGUUUAACAACGCACUUAAACUCUCACACAAGGACACAAAAGUGGCUAUAAAGGUUGGACCAAGUGCAAUUCAAGUGACCUCGUCAGAGAAGAGCAAAGUUCUGGGUCACCAGGUGCUGCUUAAUGACGUUUACUACGCUGCAGAGAUAGAGGAGGUGUGCCUAGUAGAUGACAACCAGUUUACCCUGACAAUAGCCAAUGAAACUGGACCAUUAUCUUUCAUCCACAAUGACUGUGAUAAUAUUGUUCAAGCCAUCAUCCAUAUCCGGACCAGAUGGGAGCUGUCUCAGCCAGAUACCGUGACAGUUCACACAAAGAUACGACCAAAGGAUGUACCUGGUACACUUCUCAAUGUGGCUCUGCUAAAUCUGGGCAGCUCAGACCCAAGUUUGAGGUCAGCAGCCUACAAUCUGUUGUGUGCACUGACACAGACUUUUGACUUGAAGAUCGAGGGACAAUUGUUGGAAACUAAUGGUUUAUGUAUCCCUGCCAACAACACCAUAUUCAUCAAGUCCAUCAGUGAGAAACUCUCCUCUAAAGAACCUCACCUGACUCUAGAGUUUCUGGAGGAGUGUAUCCAGGGCUUUGGCAACUCCAACAUUGAGAUGAAACAUCUGUGUCUUGAAUACAUCACACCUUGGCUGCCCAACCUGACCAGGUUUUGUAAGCAGUCUGAUGAGAACAAACGUCAGAAAGUGGCUCUCAUUCUGGACAAGCUCAUCACCAUGACCAUUGAGGAGGUGGAAAUGUAUCCUUCCAUUCAGGCCAAAAUCUGGGGCAACAUUGGUCAGAUUGGUGACCUGCUGGACAUGGUGUUAGACAGUUUUAUUAAGAGAAGUGUGACUGGUGGUCUGGGCUCCAUCCAAGCAGAAAUAAUGGCAGACACAGCUGUAGCUCUCACUUCAGCCAAUGUCCUUCUGGUUUCACGUAAAGUCAUAGGCAGGCUUUGUCGGCUGAUUGACAAAACAUGCACAUCUCCCACCUUUACUUUGGAGCAGCAUUUGAUGUGGGAUGACAUUGCCAUCUUAGCCAGAUAUUUGCUCAUGUUGUCUUUCAAUAACUCCCUAGAUGUGGCCAGCCAUCUGCCAUUCCUGUUCCAUAUUGUCACCUUGUUAGUAUCUACUGGACCUUUGUCACUGCGAGCCUCUACACACGGCCUGGUCAUCAACAUCAUCCACUCACUCUGUACCUGCUCCCAGCUACAUUUUUCUGAGAGCACACUUCAAGUACUGAAGCUGAGCCUUGCUGAGUUCUCCCUCCCCAAGUUCUACCAGUUGUUUGGCAUCAGCACAGUGAAAUCUGCCGCUGUCAGCGCCUUUAGAACCAGCUUUAGACCAGGUGAUCGUUCUUUCACCACAUCUCCUCCAGAAAAUGAGAAAAUGCCUCUCAGUUCACUUGAAGCCAUAGCUAAACUUUUGUUAAACCACAGGCUUGCUUGUAUGAAAGACAUUCCAAAUUGUGAUUGGCUUCAGCAGUGGACAGAUCUAGCCAGAAGAUUUGCCUUCCAGUAUAACCCAGCCCUCCAACCUAGAGCCAUUAUUGUGUUUGGUUGUAUCAGCAAAAGUGUUGUGGAUUCUGAGGUCAAGCAGUUGCUCAAGAUUAUGAUGAAGGCUCUGGAGUCCUACAUGGAUUUAACCUUGAUAGAAGCUGUUGUUAUGUGCCUGACCAGAUUACAGCCAAUGUUGAAACCUGACUCUCCAAUCCACAAAUUCCUCUUUUGGGUGGCCAUAUCUGUACUCCAGUUGGAUGAGGUGUCACUCUACGCUGCUGGGCUGGGUCUCUUGGAGCAGAAUCUACACACCUUGGACAACACUGGAUUGUUUGAACACAAGAGCUUGGAGCGUGUCAUGAUGAGUGCCAGAGAUCCUUUAGAAUGGCACUUUAAACAACUGGAUCAUGACAUGGGCCUCAGCUUUCAGACCAACUUCAACUUUGCCUUGGUCGGACAUCUGCUCAAAGGUUUUCGGCAUCCUGCUGCUACUACCGUAUCCAGAACUAUCCGCGUGUUGCAUCAGCUCUUGAGUAUAACUGUGAAACCAACCAAUCGGGACAAAUUUGAAGUUACAUCACAAACUGUAGCUUAUCUGGCUGCACUGGUGUCUGUAUCAGAAGAGGUGCGAAGUCGAUGUCACCUGAAACAUCGUACACCAAACUACCUGAGUGAUUCACCAUCCAGUGAAAGUGUCAGUUCGGAUCUAGCUAGCCAAGGGCAAUCACCUUCACCAUCAUUACCCACCUCUACCUCCACUUCAGGGGUUUCCACCCCAAUCACACACCCAAACCCUGCACAGACCAAGAGACAAAAAAGUUUUGAUGUGCUGGACCAGUCAGCCCUAGCUGCUGCAAGACAACAGCCAACCAAGGUGGGGAGUUGGGAGACAGGAGAACAGAAUGGUGGCCCACCAGGGUCUGGUGGGCUCAGUCCUCAGAGAGUUCAAAGGUCAUUGCAGCCUGCCUCCAGCCAGGUGGGUGAGCCUCAACUUGCCUGCAACAACUCCAAGUGGCACAGCCUGGACAGUGAACCAGCCACAUGUGUCAGGCCGCCUCUCUCACAGACACGAAGCUCCUCAAUGCCUAUUCCUGGGAAAAAAAUAAUGGACCCUUCCAAGUCCUCGCUGCCCCCUCCCCGGAGUGGUCGCAGCUCUGUGUCUAAUGAAAACAACGUGCUGCUUGAUCCUGAGGUCUUGACUGACUACCCUACCCAGACUCUGGUAUUAACAGUAUUGGCUACUUUAGUUCGCAACACCACUGAUGAAAAUGAAGCGAGAAUUUUGUAUGAGUAUUUAGCUGAGGCGUCUGUUGUCUUUCCAAAAGUUUUUCCUGUCAUCCACAGCCUGUUGGAUGCCAAGAUCAUUAAUGUCUUGUCUCUCUGCCAUGACCAAGCCAUCCUCAAUGCAGUACAGAGCAUCAUACAGAACAUGAUUGCUUGCGAGGACGUUUCUCAACAGCAGCAGCUCUCCUAUUUACAAAGUAUUGGUUUUGGUGGUCUCUGGAGGUUUGCAGGCACAUUCUCCAAGUCCACUGGAAGUUCUGACACAGCAGAGCUCUUUGUCAACUGUUUAGAGAAAGCCAUGAUGGUAGAGUCUUGUCUCCCUGGGGACGACCUUGACAUCCUCAAUCCUUACCCCAGCAGUCUUGGGAUUUGUUCCAACUUGAAUCUGUCCAGCUCUAUGUCCAGCCUAAGUGUUGGCUCAAUGCAUUCCCCAACAGACAAAGACAAUCUGGAGAAGGCUGGGGCCAAUGGUGGCCGCACCAGGCACAGCUCGGCCACCCUGGCUGGGAGCAAGCCCCGGGGUGGCAGCUUUAAACAAAAAGAAAAGAAGAAAAUCAUUGAUGUUGACUGACUAGGGCUAAUGACCUCUUACAAGCCAUAAUCAUUGUCUCAGCAGUAGUUAUGUCUUGUAGGGGGCACCACUUGCUCAGACCUUUGGCCAACUUAUGAUUGGCUGCUUGCUGUCAGGCUGUGCUCAAUACAUGUGUAGGACCAGAGGAGCAGGGAUCCUCAAUCAUUCAUCAUGUCCCCAACUAGCAGGGAUCCUCAAUCAUUCAUCAUGUGUCUCUCAUAAGGAUGGUAAUUUAUGUGUAACAAAUUACCUCAUUUAUUUGAAUUUGCAGAAUUUAUUGUCUGAUGGCCCAACAUGACAAGUGUGAGCCACCUUUUAUUGUCUGAUGGCCCAACAUGACAAGUGUGAGCCACCUUUUAUUGUCUGAUGGCCCAACAUGACAAGUGUGAGCCACCUUUUAUUGUCUGAUGGCCCAACAUGACGAGUGUGAGCCACCUUUUAUUGUCUGAUGGCCCAACAUGACAACUGUGAGCCACCUUUUAUUGUCUGAUGGCCCAACAUGACAACUGUGAGCCACCUUUUGUUAACUGUAAUGCUGGUGGAGCUAGCUGAUGUUUGGUUUGCUUUAACUUUUCUAUCCAUCAUCCUUUGUCUUCAACUUUCUAUCAAGUAUUACCUCCCCUGUCUUUAACUUUUCUAUCAAGUAUUAUCUCCCCUAACCUAACAUUAUGGCUCACCCAUUGAAAUAGAAACUAUCUGGUUGCUUACAGUAAUUGGCUUUGUCCUAUUAGUUUACACUGUAGGAAGGCUGGUUGCUUAUAGUUUAUUUAAUGAGCAAAUACCAAAGAGGCUUCUAGGGAGACAGAGGAAAGUUGUUCAGACAGAGGUGUGUUUAGUCACAUUGUUUCUUUCAGACAUUUGUUCAUGUCAUUUGAAGGCUGUUUGUCCAUUGGUCUGUUACUGUGAUGUCAUCAAAGUUCACUGGCUCAUAUCAAACAUGCAUAUCAUUUUUGAAUAGAAAAAGAUUUUUUUUAAACAAAUCAAAAAACCCUUGAAAAACCUAAUGUUACCUUGAUUGUUGGUGUUGUCAGUUGUGUCAGUGGUCAGUUGUGUCAGUGGUCAGUUGUGUGUUGUCUCAAUGAACCUGAGCUUCUCAAGUUUGUCUGACCUAGUGAGCCCAUGUUUGAACUGAUCUCAUAUUUGUCUACUUGAAGCCUGUAUAUUAUGUUACAUAUGUUCGUUGUUUUACCAAAGGAAAUAUAAUAUAAAUACUUUUAUAUAUAUAUAUAUAUAUUCUUUUAAUUGUGACAACUAUUGUAUCUGUAUGUGUGUGUGUAUAUAUAUAUCAUCACUGAAUUGUUAGAACUUGUUUGAUGCCUGCCUGUCAUUAUUCUGCUUUGGCUGUCUUUAAACAAUCUGAACAUUUCCAAUUGCAUUUUUAAAAGUCCCAUACCUUCAUCACAUUCAAACUAUUGAGUCUAUAUUGAGUGUAUAUAUUUAAACGUUAUAACUGUUAUAAAAAUAUUGAAAUAUGAGAUAUAGAAAAGAAUUGACUUGUAAAUAUGCCAUAUGUCAAUGAGACAUUUUGAGUAUCCAUUUGGUGCUAAGAUCACUCCCAUUUAGCCACACAAACAUUGAUUAGUACUCCUAGUCAAAAACACAAGUUCAUUUAAUGGAAGUAUUUGAUGUAAUUAUUGAUCUUGUAACUAAGUCUUUUGUUUACUGUGUCCAACAUUUGUCUGCUUUAUGUUGAUGGCAUUUGUUAGGUAGACCUUGUCCUAUUGAUGUUUGGUUUCAUUGUCACACUCAUUCAUUAAAUGGUCAUAUUUGG